AUGUCCUACCAGCCCCUCCCUGUUCUCCAAGACGAGGUCCACCGCCGGUCCCUCGAGGACCCCGAGGCCUUCUGGCUGCACCAGGCCGACCAGCUGUACUGGCACAAGAAGCCGACCAAGGCUGUCGUCACGCGCGAGAAGGUGCUCCCCUCGGGCAAGAAGCACCUGACGUGGGAGUGGUUCCCCGACGGAGAGAUCUCGACGACGUACAACAUGGUCGACCGUCACGUCCUCGCUGGCAACGGCGACAUCCCGGCCAUCUACUACGACUCGCCCGUCACCGGCGUCAAGCGGACAGUGACGUACCGCGACCUGCUCGAGGAGGUGUCGACCCUCGCGGGUGCGCUCGAGAAGGAGGGUGUCAAGAAGGGCGACGUCGUCCUCGUUUAUCUUCCCAUGAUCCCCGCCGCGCUCACCUCGCUCCUCGCCAUCAACCGUCUCGGUGCCAUCCACUGCAUCGUCUUUGGUGGCUUCGGUGCCCCCGCCCUCGCCCAGCGUAUCGACGCCGUCAAGCCCGUUGCGAUCCUGACCGGCUCGGGCGGGGGCCGCGGCAACAAGCCCCCCAUCCCGUACCAGAACUUUGUCACGAACGCGAUCAAGCUCGCGCACCACAAGCCCUCGCGCGUCAUUGUCUGGCAGCGCGAGGUCGGCCCCAAGUGGGAGAUCAACAAGGCUGCCGGCGAGCGCUCGUGGCAGCAGAUCGCCCAUCAGGCCGCCAAGGAGGGCAACCGCCCCGAGUGUGUCCCCGUCCCCUCGACGCAGCCAGUCUACAUCUCGCACACCUCUGGCACGACCGGUGCCCCCAAGGGUGUCGUCCGUGACAGCGGUGGCCACGCCGUCGGUCUCCACCUCUCCGUUUCCAUGGUGUUCAACAUCCACGGUCCCGGCAGCGUCAUCUUUGCCGCGUCCGACAUUGGAUGGGUCCUCGGCCACGCCUUCAUCAUGUCCGCUCCCCUCCUCACUGGUGCCUCUACCGUCGUAUACGAGGGCAAGCCGAUUGGCACGCCCGACGCUGGUGCCUUCUGGCGCAUCGUGAACGAGUACAAGGUCAACACGCUGUACUGCGCUCCCACCGCUCUGCGCGCGAUGAAGCGCGAGGACCCGGACUAUUCGCUCAUGAAGGACAUUGGGCAGCGCGGCGGCCUGCGCUCGCUGCACGGCCUCUUCCUGGCCGGCGAGCGCUCCGAGCCGACCAUCAUCACGGCGUACCAGGAGCUGCUUGACCGGUACGGCGCGCCCGGCGCGCAGGUCAUUGACAACUGGUGGUCGACCGAGACUGGAUCGCCGAUCACGUCGCGCGCUCUCGUCCCCCACGCGGGCCUGAACCGCACCACCACCCGCCGACAGGCCGAUAUCCCGCCUAUCAAGCCCGGAUCGGCCGGCAAGGUAAUGCCCGGCUACAACCUGAAGAUUGUCGAUGACGACGGCAACCCCGUGCCCGCGGGCGUGAUGGGCAACAUUGUGCUCGGCCUCCCCCUUCCCCCGACUUCGUUCCGCACGCUGUGGGAGGACGAGGAGCGCUUCUACCGCGGCUACCUCGAGCGCUUCAACGGCAAGUGGCUCGACACGGGCGACGCAGGCAUGGUCGACCAGGACGGGUACAUCCACGUCAUGUCGCGCAACGACGACGUGCUCAACGUGUCGGCGCACCGCCUCUCGUCCGCCGCGAUCGAGCAGGCGAUCACCUCGCACCCGCUCGUCGCCGAGGGCUGCGUCGUCUCCAUCCCCGACGCGCUCAAGGGCCAGCUGCCCUUCGCGUUUGUGACCCUGUCUGUGCCAGACCACCCCAAGGGCGUCGUCCCCGACAAGCAGAUCUAUGACGAGAUCCAGCAGCUCGUGCGCAAGCAGGUCGGCACCAUCGCCACCCUCGGCGGCAUCAUCCAGGGCACAGGCAUGAUCCCCAAGACGCGCUCGGGCAAGACGCUCCGCCGCGUGCUCCGCGAUCUGCUCGACCACGCCGUCGAGGGCCGCUUCGACGCCCCCGUCGACGUCCCCUCCACCGUCGAGGACGCCGGCGCCGUCGACGUCGCCCGUGUCAAGAUCAAGGACUACUUUGACCUCAAGGGUGAUGCGCACAAGGGCAUCGAGGCGAGGGCCAAGCUCUAA